ACCGUCUUCACUCGGAGCAAAGAGGCAGAGGAUGGAUAAACGGCCAGAGCAGGGACAGUAAACAGUGUGAUACAAAACAUUUGUACCACUGACCUCGGACCAGAAGGGCCCUAAGAUGCCUAAAAGCGAUACCUGGCCAGGUGGCGUUGGAUUGGACACUAUGGCUGGCAUGGACAGUGCUGGGAGCUGUGACAGCGUCGUCAGCGCCAACUCUGGAUUUAGUGAUGACAGUAUGGAGCACCUUUCUGCCGAGGAGAAGGCCUGUCUCAUGUUUUUGGAGGAGACCAUUGAGUCCUUGGACACUGAGGAGGACAGCGGACUGUCCAACGAUGAACCUGAACAACUUCCCCUUCCUGGCAACCUUGCAACCAAGCUGGCUGACCUCUCAGCCUCCAUGAACAAGAGCAAGCUGAACAGUCCACCUAAACAUUCCUUUGAUGAACCUAAAAAGGAAAAUUGUGACAUCAAACUGCUGCAGAGCUACCUGGUUCCUACACCUCUUGUUGUGGCAAGCAGCGCUCCGUGUUCUAUACCCAGUGCUAAUCCAGGUGUCCCCACAGGGAAAACCCUUACCACUAAGCCUCAGGUCACUCCUUCCGGUAAAGAACUUUGUCACAAGAGCAUCCAGACAUCUGUCGCUCCACAAGUACCUUUGGAAGUCAAUGUUGUGAUUUCACCUCCUCCCAAACCCAAAGACCAACCAGUUAAGACCGCCGAAGUUCCUUUACCAAGGGGUCCUCUGUCCUAUGAGGCCCUUUUUUACCUUCGCAGGAGUGCCUCAGCAAAGAAGACACCAUUAUGUCCCAAAAUUGAUCAUACUAUUGAAUCAGAUAAGCAACUUCCUGGCAAAGUCGAAGCCCAAAACCUCAGCCAUCCUACAAAGUCUGUUCGAUUCCACCCAGAGGUUUGUAUAUCGAAGCCAAGUCCUCCAGUUGUGGCCCCCAAACCUAAGAAGAUUCCUGCUAACAUAUGUUUGAAAACACAUAAAGAAGCAUCCACAGAGGUCUCAUCCUACAAUAUCAAGCAUGCAAAAGAUCCCAAGCUUGUGAGAAUGGAAGCUUUGCAGAAACUGGGCCUACUUCAAGAACAAGAGCUGGAAAAUCAAACAACAGCUCCUCCUACAUCAUUUUCUUCAUUAGACCAAACUUCCAAUGGAUUUACAAAAGGUUCCUCCAAUGGUAACCCAUCAAGAAGCCCCUCGUUUAGUCAUCUUCAGGAGCAUGCAGAGCCCAAGACCAAAUCUCGACAGAGCAGUGCCAGUUUCCAUCACUACUCUAGACACGAACAAAAGCAUGUGUCUGCUUCAAAUCCACCUCAAUCCAAUGGAGUGAAGGCAGCUGGCCUGGAGCGCUCUUAUACCGUGGGAAACCACAGAAAUGGUGGAAACUGUACCAAACUGCUAAACAGUGCACCCACCAAGCCAGUGAACAACACUGCAGUUCAGCCCGUACCGGACAAAGCCUCAAACACCAUCCCCUACACAGUGAUGGUGGUGCCCGGGAUGGGAGCAGAUAGAAGGGAAGCACUGCGAAAGCUUGGACUUCUCAAAAUCUAAACAGAUGAACGGCAGAAGUGUACCUUCUCAGAAAGAGCUUAAGGGUACCAUCAGAUUAAGAGUUGGAGCAUUAAGUGGGAACUUGGCACUCUGCACUUUGGUAGACUAAAGCAGAAGAUAAUGACGAGAAAGACGAGUCACUGGCACUUGUAAUAUAGGUCGCUGUGACUUGCCUGGCUUUCUUUCCUUUAUUUGGUUGGACAGCUGAAGAGAGACAGGAAAUAUAAAGAGAGAGCAAGUGGAAAACCAUGCACCAAACAGAAUUCGAUUCUGAAAAAUUCCAUUGAGGAGUGAAGCCUUUGCACAUGUUCAACCAAAUGAGCCGAACCAGUGCCCAUGAAGGCAGCUUUUUCCCAACCACAAGGCUAUUUUUUGGAUCCUAAAGUAUCUGAAAACAUUAACAGAAACCUACAAAUAUGAAUGGAAAUAGACUGUUUUAAUUGAUGUCAUCCAUUUAGAAUAUCUCAAUGGAUCUGUUGUGACAAAAUUAUGGUGAUAACAUACACAAGCAGCUGUUAAUAUCGUCCCUUUCUCAUUUCACACAUUGGCUAUUGUCUGACAUAUUUGCUAUAAAGCCUCUAGGAAACUGCAAAAUUUGGAGUCUUUUGGUGUAGCUGGCAACUAUUUAGAAAACCAAAGAGAGGAAUCCAAGACUUCCUCUCUCUGUGCUACUUUCUGUUUAUAGUUUCACUGAUACCUUGAGAUAUGACAAUAAGAAAUGUGACUUGAGAGAUGGCGUCCAAAACAAGAAAAUGGAUAUUACAAGGACAUGUAUACCCAAAUCAACAAACUUUCACAUAUGAACUUCAGACUCUGGGCACUGUCCGGACUUGUCCUUUCACACAUGUAGCACUAAGGAGGAGAUUAUCCUUGUCUGACGCCCUCUGAUCUACUGGAAUUACGCUGUUGGGUUUACUUGAGGGCUGACGUCUGAGUAGAAAGUGCACACUAAGGGGAAGGACUCAUCCAUAUUUGGUAAACACUAGUACAUAUAUUUGAAAGCUAGCUUUACAAGCCUAGAGUAGCUUAACUCAAGGAGAACAAGAUCAAAAACCUUCCCAAACUUUGCUGUGAAUGCUCCAGACAGCUAGCACCAACAUUCAAACUUCAGCGCAUUUGGACAUUGCUCAGACUUUGGACCAAGGGAACCCAGAAUAGUCUCAAAAAUUGAAGUCAGAAGUGCAUUGCAUGUGUAAAAGGGGCUUUAUUGUUUCUGAUUGUUUCAUAAUUCACGGAUGUGCCUGUACUUGGAUUCGUGAGCACAUCCUUGGAACCUUUCUAUAGAUGUGAGUUUAUGCAACUUAUGAUUGUUGUAAAGUGGUUUGGGGUGAUUUUACAGUCUUGAGUUGGUAUACGUUGAAUAUACAGUGCUUGACAAAUUUGUUAGACCACCUGUCAUAUUUGUCUCAAAGACCAUCCAGCAUCUUGAAGUGCUUUAAUGCGGACUCUUUCAUUUUCAGUGAGCUCUCCA